AACGACGCAUCGUACGGGUCGGAUAAACAUCACAUUAUCAUAAACUUCUGCAGUCAGCAAUGUUGAAAUGGAUAAUAAAUGCAUAUUGACUUUUUUAUCUAUAGCGAUCGUUUUGCUUACGAUAUAUGCACUACUUCACGAAGGUACAUAUCUUUCAACCAUCAAGUCGAUUGUGCCCGAUGAUCAAACAACAAAACAAAACUGUUCAUAACUCUGUCACAUCUAUAUUUGUUUCCGUUUCUCAAUCCUCUCUGUCUUUAAGAAAUGUAUCAAGAUCUAGAGUUGGGCAACAAACAUCCGAAAAGAGUGUCGUGAUCACAACGCUGUUAGACCCUAGAUUGGUCUCGACAAAUGUUUCACCUGAAGUGAAAUUGACCAAAGUACAUUUCAAACGAAUAGCAUUUCUGAAAGUCCAUAAAGCAGGAAGUACGACCGCACAGAACAUAUUUCUACGCUAUGGCGAAUAUCGCAACCUCACGUUUGUACUUCCAAUAAUUCGUGAAGAUCAUUUGGAUAAUGUUAUCAGUGUACAGUCGACUUUGAAUGACAAAAAUAUUCUUCCUCCUCCACAAAAUAGAACAUACGACAUAUUAUGCUGUCAUGUGUUAUACAGCAGUGAAGCUUUUCAUAAGUAUAUGCCAACUGACACAGCAUAUAUAGGCAUUGUUCGCGAACCAUUUGACCAGUUCUUGUCGACCUUGAAUUAUUUCAGAGCUCCACAUAUUUUUGAAAGAAUAAAAGCACACAAUAAAGUUUUAAAGUAUCUGCAAGAUCCUACUCAGUAUAAACAUGGUUUACCAUAUCGGUGGUCAAUGACAAACAACAGAAUGGCAAUUGAAUUUGGAUUUCCUUCCAAUCUCUUUCGUCAAUAUUUAGAAGAAGAAAGCAUGAAUUAUUUGACGAAACUAGAUAAAGAAUUCCAGUUUGUGAUUAUAAUGGAAUAUUUCACUGAGUCGGUUGUUAUGAUGAGACGUAUAUUAGGAUGGACAACAAAGGAUGUUUUGUAUUUAAGGAAAGAUUCAGCACGAUGGUCAUAUUCAUUCGCAGAUAACACUCACAGACAUUUGUACGAAAGAUUUGCAAAGUUAGACUACGACUUGUACAAUUUCUUUUAUAGACGGCUGUGGUCACAGAUUCAAAAGGAGGGUCUAGACUUUAAUCUAGAAUUGUUAUAUUUUGAUCGAUUACGUAAAGAAGUAGAGGAUUAUUGCACGUAUACAGUGGAUAAAAGUAGCGGUUAUAUAGUCGCGGCUUCUAUGUGGUCUGCGACAUUUGUGGUUUCUAGAGACGACUGUGAUUAUCUUAAAAAGAGUGAGUUGUUUUUUGUGGAGAGGAUAAGAAGGCGUCAAUAUGGCUUUCAAAAAAGAGGAAAUUUAAUGGAAGGUGUAGUUAUAAGUUUAAAUGGAUCACAUUCAUGAUGAUGUUUGCAACAUAACAGAAUGUUUUCCCUAGACAAUACUUUCAUUUUACAUCUCUAAUUGCACUCAGUUUCUGUGAGGGUGCAGUCAACAUUGAAAUACAGCCAUUUAAUAACACUACAGUAUUAAUCGAACAUUCGUCAAUACCAUCUAUUAUGAAACUAGGGAACCUUUCGGCAUCAUGUCUGAUCCAUGUCAUUUAAAUUUUCAGUUAUUCUAAUUUAUGGUGAAUUUCGUUGAUUGAAACGACAAACACUGAAUGAUGAAAUAAAUUUGAGGCAUAUAUUUUCACCGAAUCAACUUUUAAAAUCAGUAUAAUCCUAGAAAAGAA